ACUAAAAAUAGUUUUGGUAACGCAUAAAGAUUUUUUUCCGUUUACUCCAAUGUUACUUUUUUUGUUUUUUUUUGUUUCCUGACCAUAUUUACACAGAGCCAAUCAGAGCCUUGUUUCAUCGUCUUGUCGAGGAGGCGAUAAUAUUAGAUCUGCUCACCAUUUCUCCGCCAUCGCCGAAGAUGGGAGACAACAACCCUAACCGACCAGAAGCCGAACGUCUUCUCGGAAUCGCAGAGAAGCUUCUGGAGUCACGAGAUCUCAACGGUUCAAAAGAGUUUGCAAUCUUAGCUCAAGAAACAGAGCCACUCCUCGAAGGCACCGAUCAAAUCCUCGCCGUCGUCGAUGUCCUCCUCUCAUCUUCCUCAGAGAAUCGCAUCAAAAACAAACCAAACUGGUACAAAAUCCUUCAGAUCGAAGAUCCAAAUGAAUCAUCAACAGACAACGAUCUAAUCAAGAAACAAUACCGUCGUCUGGCUCUUCUUCUCCACCCAGACAAAAACCGCUUCCCUUUCGCCGAUCAAGCUUUCAGAUUCGUGCUUGAUGCAUGGGAAGUUCUAUCAACACCUUCAAAGAAAUCUCAAUUCGAUCGAGAUUUGAAUCUCAUCUUCACAAAAGUAGAUCUCAAUACUCAAAAAUCGAAGAAGAAAACAACAACCAAUGAGAAGAUGGCUACGUUUUGGACGGCGUGUCCGUAUUGUUACAGUCUUCAUGAGUAUCCUAGGGUUUAUCAAGAGUAUUGUAUCAGAUGUCAAAACUGUCAAAGAGCGUUUCACGCGGCCAUUAUUCCUCAAUUGCCUCCGUUGGUUCCUGGAAAAGAUGAGUAUUAUUGUUGUUGGGGGUUUUUUCCGAUGGGAUUUGUUGGUGGUAAAGGAGGAGAAGCCGCCAUUGCUAACGGAGUUGAUGCUGCCAAAUUCCCUAAUUGGAUGCCUCCGCUUUUCUCAUCCGGCGGCGUUGCAGCUCCUCCAAGUGUUAAUGGUGGCGGAUACGGGGUUGGUCACCCGUCUUCUUCGCAUGGUGUUCAGGUUAGCUUUGAUGGAUGGUCAGGUGGUGCAGCGAAGAGAGACAACGUUGGAGUUAAUUUAGAUGGAACGCCGAAGAAGAGAGGAAGAGGAAGGCCGAAGAAGAAUCCGGUUUAGUGAUCUCCGGUGAUGGUGAAAUGUGGAAGAAAAAUUUUUAAGGCAAGUUUUUUUUUUUCAAGGCAAGGAAGAUUAGUGUUUGUUGUCUUAGUGUAAUCUUUUUCUUUUUCUUAUGUAGUUUGUUAAUUUAACUUGUUCUAAUUUUAUUAUGCAUUUCUUUUUAUUCUUGCCAUUUUUCUCUGUGACUUUGUUGUUAUUACCGGUUGUUUUAUCUUCAUAUGCCUCUCUUAUUCGAAAUCUUUGUACCAUAAUUUGCUUUGAAACAUUUACAUUGACUAGUAGAGUAAAAACAAUCUAUUUAAA